AUGUCUGCGCCAUAUUGGGGUGCAUUGCCCCAGCCCAAGGGCAUCCAAAGCCGACGAGUCUCGGCAGACUACACUAAUGAAUUCUCGCCAAAUGACCAGCGACGCUCGCUAGACGUCCAGCCGCAACGCAAGGCGAACCGGGCAUCAAUCCAGACAACUUACACCGAGGCUCCCACCGACACAACUUUCAGUCCCAACUCCCCGACGUCGGCAGCUGAGUACCAAGGUCUGGCUCCCAGACCAGCCUCGUAUCGUGGAUUCGGGUUUCAAGAGCAAACAUACGAAGGAUAUGACAGGCAAGAUCGACGAUCAAAUCGUAUUCCCGACGAUUUCGGUGCCGCCUCUCCAGCUCCCUCUGCCACGGAUACUAUAAUUCGAGGGCCACCUACAAACUACCGCGAUCCUUACGCAAACGAAUCUCAGCGAGACGUACCGCUGUUGUUUGGUGAUAAUGUGCCUACCCGCACAGAUAGUAUUGCAUCGCCUAAUCAGCUUCAAAGAAGCGCAACAAGCGCAACAACGGGACAGGGCGAACGGCGCAAAAAGUUAACAGACAAUCGAUCACCCCUCCAGAGGCUUGAGCUGACGCUCGACAGCAUGACCAAAGAGGAAAAGAGGGCAAGAGUGGAAGCUGCAGAACAACGGGCCAGAGCGAGGGCUGCAAAGAGGGCUGCCGCCGAAACUGGCGAAAGCCGUCCUCAAACCCUCGACUAUCAGUCCUCGCCCUCAGCUCCCAGCCAACGCCAACAACAGCCUCCAGCGGCGAUUGAACCAAUUAGCCCAGUACCUCAGAGAAUAACGCCCCAGCGAGAUGCUGUCCCUCCCAAAGAUUCGGGCACGCAACCGAUAUCACCCCCACGACGAAUAGCCGAAGACCAAUACUACCGUCAAAAUCAGGAUCCAGCCCCCCGUCAGCCUAGACAACUACCGCAGCCACCGGUGCGUGAGGAGCGCCAGCCGAGGCAGUUACCACAACCGCCUGUACGUGAGGAUCCUCAACCAAGGCAAUUGCCCCAACCACCCAUACGCGAUGAGCAGCGCAGAGUUUAUCCACAGGAAGCCCCCCGGUCCGAUGAUCAACGCCGAUACUUUAGCCAAGAGUCUCCUCAGCGCCCUCGGGCCAGCAUGGACCAGAGACAGUUUGUUCCAGAGACCGAUGUUCCUCAGCGCAAUCUCAGCUUCCGCGAACGCGAUAUUUGGCAUGAAGCGAAGCCUCUUGACGCAGAUGUGAAUCAACCGACAAAGGAAUCCAGCGGCUUUUCCUUGACACGCAGUGGGAGUAACAAGUUGAAAAAAGACCCCCCAGCGGAUGUUUGGCACCGGAUACGCGUCGAAGCAGAGCGACGACUGCCACCGGGAUCGCAGCCUGGAGAGGCUCAAUACAAAGACGCGGCCCAGUCUCCCAGGGCCGCAGCAGGGACAGCACCGCUACCACAAGAACGCAACAGAGAGCCGGCCCCCUUACCUCUUGCGGCAAACAAUGGACCGAAUGCCCGGCCAGAAACAAAGAGGCAUUCCCAGUCUGCUACCGAGGCCGAGAUCCAGGCUAUGCAACGGCGGGCUACUGAACCCAUCUAUGCCCGGGAAGAGAGAGGGCUUAAUGCCGACUAUGCCCCUGCGGCUGCCAUUGGCAGGAUCAUUUACGAGGCGAGUCAAAAAGCCCGAGGACGCUUUCCGCAGCCAAAUCCAGCAGCAAAGAGCUUGGAAGAUCAGACGGACCAUGAUCUAAUAGAGGAUACACAGAAGCCCCAGGAACCCCAGGAGUCACAGAUUCCGCAUAUGCCACAGGAACAGAGGGCGAUGCGAAUGCCACGGGAACCACAAACGCAGCACAUACCACGGGAACCACAAAUGCAACACAUGCCACAGGAACAGAGGGCAAUGCGAAUGCCACAGGAACCGCGAAUGCCACAGGAACCGCGAAUGCCACAGGAACCGCGAAUGCUACAACCGCAAAUGCUACAACCGCAAAUGCUACAACCGCAAAUGCUACAACCGCAAAUGCUACAACCGCAAAUGCUACAACCGCAAAUGCUACAGCCACAAAUGCCACACAUGCCACAGGAGCCACAGGAGCCACAGGAGCCACAGGAGCCAGAGCAGCAUCACGAAUCAAGACUGGUAUUCAAGAAUCCAGCAGAUAUGCACCCUGGCGAUGGUCUCUACAAUUCUCCUCAGUGGCUGGAUGAAUGGAAGAAGGGCACUGUCGGUACUCUAUCCGGUACUCUUCUCGACCUCAAUGGCGGUAUGCCAGCUAGAUCAGUAGAGAAGAUCACUGCUUGGGGGGACAGGGAGCAAGGAGGUCAUCACAGAAGAAAUGCCAGCAUGACGACGAGGCCGCGCAAGGCCGAAGCGUUUGAUGGUGAGUAUGACAAUACGAAUGGCGCACCUACUCGAUUCAAACCACCCUUGUACCUCAAAUGCGGCCCGCUUCUGAGAUACUGUGGUAUGCGGCAUGAACAAGCUCUACCAAGGCCUCGGGGUGCAAAUGCUGCUCAAGACCGUGAGAUUUGGAGGGGAAGCGUCAUGAUUGUCACCAAUGACGCAGAAUCAUCCUAUGAAAUUGCACCAACGCUUCGGCUCUUCGUACAGGAUGUUGAAUUGUUACCUCCACCUCCACACCAGGUCGAUGGCGAACUCUCGCCCGAGUAUGUGGAUCCCAUCGCUGGACAUCCCAAGCUUGGUCGCCGUGGUGAGACACUGUAUGUUCGGCCUGUGGACCACCUUGAAGAGGGCAGAGAUUUGUCACAUGUCGAGUCCGAGGAUGGACUGUUCGAGACUACAAGGAGUCCGCCAGAUGAGCCUUUGCCGCAAGGGCUCAGCGACUACCCCGGAUCAUUUGCUAGCCGUCGAGGACGGGUAGAUAUUGAUGGGGAGAAGAUGCAAAAGUACAAGGACGUGAGGGGCUUCCGUCUUCAUGCCGAACGAGGUUGUACGUUCUGGCGGUUCAACAUUGAGGUUGAGCUUCGGGAACAGCAACAGCGAAUCGCAUACCGCAUUAACCGUGGCCCAGCCAUGGCCUUCUGGGUUCCCGCACGUGGGCAAACAAUGAACAUGAUGUUUUAUACUUGCAACGGCUUCAGUCUUACCGUCAAUUCUAACGAGAUGAGCGGGCCUGAUCCCAUGUGGCGCGAUGUCUUAAACGCACAUCAGACACAACCAUUCCAUGCCAUGAUUGGCGGAGGAGACCAGAUCUACAACGACUGCGUGGCCUACGACAGCCCCCUCUUUGACGAAUGGCUGCAAAUAAACGUUGCAGAGAAGAAGUUGAACGCAGCUUUCACGCCCGAGUUGCAGGCUGAGCUGGAGUCCUUCUACCUGGAGCGAUAUUGCAACUGGUUUUCUCAAGGCUUAUUCGGAUUGGCCACCUCGCAAAUCCCCAUGGUCAACAUGUACGAUGACCAUGACAUAUUUGACGGAUACGGUUCCUACUCUCACCCGGACAUGAGCUCGCCUGUCUUCUCUGGGCUGGGGCGUGUAGGUUUCAAAUACUAUAUGCUCUUUCAACAUCAAAGCAUUGUGACCGAGACGGAAGCUUCUGAGCCAAGCUGGAUCUUGGGUGAACAGCCGGGCCCGUACAUCCAAGAGGUUAGCCGCAGUCUUUAUAUGUCGAUGGGUGGAAAGGUUGCUUUACUUGCUGUGGACGCCCGCACCGAGAGAACCGAAGACACGGUCUUGGAUGAGAAGACAUGGGAAAAGAUCACAAGCCGGAUGUACGCAGAGAUCAGACGGGGACAGGUGGAGCACUUACUCGUGCUCCUAGGCGUUCCCAUUGCUUAUCCCCGUCUGGUAUGGCUGGAGAAUAUAUUGACCUCGAAAUUAAUGACUCCGGUCAAAGCACUUGGUAGGACAGGAGUGCUCGGUAAACAUAUGAACAAUAUUGACGGUGGGUAUGAGAUUUUGGAUGAUCUCAAUGACCACUGGACGGCCAAGAAUCAUAAAAAAGAACGCACAAUCAUCAUCGAGGAUUUGCAAGAUUUGGCUAUCGACCGAUCUGUUCGAAUCACCAUCUUGAGUGGCGACGUUCACCUUGGUGCCAUUGGCCAGUUUUAUUCCAACCCCAAGCUGGGCCUACCAAAGCACAAGGACCCCAGGUACAUGCCCAACAUUGUAUCUUCUGCUAUCGUCAAUCGCCCACCCCCGGACAUUGUUGCCGACAUGCUCAACAAGCGCAACAAGGUUCAUCACUUUGACAAGCAGACCGAUGAGUGCAUGAUUCCGAUUUUCCAAAACGGUGUCGAUGGCAAACCGAGGAACAACAAGAAUCUCCUGCCUCAUCGCAACUGGUGCUCUAUUCGCAUGUGGACCCCAGGCAGCACGCCGCCGCCCACGCCACCCAUGUCUGACCGAGGAAGAAGUCGAAGCCCAGGAGGAGGCGGAAGUUUACUCCGAAGACUUUCCUCUAGGCGACGAAAGUCUACUUCACAACAGCCCUUUGAUGUUUCACGGGAAUCUGUGCGUGGACCUCGACCUCCUAUUUCCGGAGGAGGUGGCCUCUUCAAGAACUUUUCUCGACGAAACUCGGUUGAUCAACAACGCCCCGGAGGGGGAGUGACUCGAACAAUGUCACUUGGUCGCGGAGAGGCGGCACAGCAAAGGGCUGACAUGGCAUACCACGGACACUAUGGUAGCCAGGGUCAAUUCGAUGAAAACAACAUGAGUGGUCAAUGGAGCGGCGAGUUUGACGGCGGAUACAUAGACCACCGAGCCCAGGCCCAGCAACCACGUCCUUCGGGCCUCCGUGGAGGUGGUGGUAGUGAUUACGAUGAGUUCUCGGCGGGCGAUGAGGCCCAGUUCAUGGCGCAAACGCCUCGACGAGCGCAGACCGUCAAUUACCACGCCGGCCCUGCUGGCAACUACGAAGUGGAUGACCCAUCGGCGCCUCGCCCUUUCCAUCGAACGCCUACCGGGCUGUCAACAAAAGAAGUGAAACAAGCCGAGAAGCACGAGGUUAACCUGGAAGGAGGUCUGGACAUUUCUCUGAACAUGGAGGUGAACCCCAAGGACCCCACAGGCAUUACCGUCCCAUACCGAAUUUUGGUGCCCAAGCUGUUUUAUGAAUAUUCGUCCAAGGACGAUCUGUUCCAAGCAGCGGAGCCAACUGGCAUUAAGAAGUUCCUUAGCUUUAGAAAGAAGCCUAAGGCCCCUUCUGCAGAGCUUGAGGGAGAGCAAACGGAAGAGAUGGGAUAUGAUGAUAGUGAAAUGUACGACGAUAGAUACUAG